UAAUGAAUUGACUAUUAUUUCUGCUAUUUGUACAGUACUAGUAUGUAGUGCAGGCCUGCUUCGUUAAAAGAACACAGUGCAUAUGCAUGAGUCUACCAACCUGAAUGAUUCUACCCUUCUUAUUCCACUGCAAAUCUUGGUUAGAGAACAUUGGGAGGAAAUUGUUGUGGUGGAGAAGCCGUCCGUCUGUCAUGAUAGCUACCAUCGGUGGUAGUGAGAUCAUCGACCCCGACAACCACCUACCCGACCUGACAGGAUUCGUAUCCAAGAAGUCGCCUCAUCCAGUAGCGCACGGUAGUUUCGGGGAUGUGUGGAAAUGCACCUACACCGCAUCCAACCGUCAAGGCCUGGAGUCAAAUCCAUAAGGAUUGAUGUCGCAGGCGACGAUUCCAGGGACAGAGUGACUCAAAGACUCUUGGGCGAUUUUCGUGCACGCAAGCAACUGCAUCACGAAAAUCUUUUGCCUCUGCUCGGUUUCAGUCACGAAUUUGGGCUACUUCCAGCGAUGGUAUCUCCCUGGAUACACAACGGCUCGCUCACUACAUAUCUUGAACACCAUUUCACAGAAUUAACCAUUACACAAAAACUCCUGAUCUUGCGACAAGUCGCUGCAGCCAUUAGCUACCUCCACUCGAAGGGGGUUGUCCACGGUGACCUUACCGCCAACAACAUUCUGAUAGAUUCAGACCGCAAUGCCCACGUAGCAGACCAUGGAAUUCUUACCAUGUGUUCUGAGCUCUCAGGGACUUCAUACAUCAGAAGCAACGUGCGGUGGGCUGCGCCAGAGCUCUUCGAGGUGCCAGAGAGCGAAGAGUCAUUGACUCCACAACCAGCCAGCGAUAUUUAUUCAUUUGGAUGCAUCAUGCUUCAGGUUAUGACAGGCAGACCACCCUAUGCAGAUGUGCGAAGCGAUCACCAAGUCAUUGUCCUGAUACUGAAGGGUAAGAAGCCUACAAGACCAUCGAGUCCGCACGACGCAGAUUCUUUCUGGGAUUUCAUCGAAAAAUGCUGGGGUGAUAUAGGACGUCGCCCCUCUGCCGUUGAUGUUCUGAACUUCCUAGGAUCAAACCAUGUCACUGCGCUAGUCAAACAAACAGAGAGCUGAUCGGAUCGAUUUUAUUUUAUUUGUUUAUGUAUAUAUCAUUGACGGUUUAUUAUUUAGUACAUAAUUACAUAAUCGGUUUUAGUCUCCGGAGACUUUU